AUGGGUCAAGGCGACGUUCAUCACCCAACCUGUCCAUUCUGUCCUUUCUCUGAUCCUGAUGACACUUUUGUUGCUCAGCAUGUUGAAUACUGUCAUCCUGAAGGUGGUGGAGAAACCGAGCCUCCCUCUGGAGAAAACGGGGAUGAAGGUCAACCGACUCCCAGAUACCAACAACCACAAAUCCCAGGUGAUGAAAAGGUGUACAUCAAAUGUCCACACGGCUGUGGUGAGAUCCUACAAUCUUCUGAAAUCCCGUAUCAUCUUGAUAUGCAUGCUGCAGAAGAGAUGGCAGUUGACAAUGCCCCAUCAAUCUAUCCAAAACGCCCCGAGAAGGUGAGCAAGGUCCAGGACCCCAGUCUUCCAAGCUCAAAAAGUCGAACGGGCGAUGGCGAGGCCCUCGAAGAUCCUUGCAACGUUUCAGUCAAACCCCGGGUUCGAAGGCAGGGGCCUGGCCCAUCCUCGACGGAAAACGAAGUGACGAGCCCUCUGCUACCCAAUGUGUCACUUCCUGGAAGUGUGAAAAGACUUGGACGUGCAGAACUGGGACCAUACGCUCAUGAAAAGCGAAUGCCGGCAUGGCUCCGGAGACUACUAGAACAGGGCGCAAAGAAAACUCAGUCCAACAUCAUCGGCCCGGAUGGCAAGCUUUCAAAACUAGAGACAACUGAUAACGAGGCCAGCAAUGUGAUCUCAAUGCUCUCCCAGCUAUGCGAACAGGAUAAGUCUGUUCAGCGAGCCUUUUUCUGCAGUCCGAAGGUCCGUCAAAUAUCCAAGAUGCCAAGGGAAGGCGGUUUCUGUGGUUACAGGAAUAUCCAGAUGCUCAUUUCGUACAUUCAAGAAUCUCAAAUCUCCGGUCAUGAGCAUUUCACUGAGACGCUACCGACUAUUCUGCAGCUACAAGAUAUGAUCGAACGUGCAUGGGAUAUGGGAUUCAACAGCGUAGGGAGAGCUGAGACCGGGGGGAUUCGCGGCACCAGGAAGUACAUUGGCACGCCAGAGGCACAGGCUCUAUUUUUGAGUCUGGGCAUAGACUGCGAUGCAAGUAGCAUCGGAGAAACCAGAGAGAUGCGUGCCCACGACGCCUUGUACGCGGCUGUCGCCGCCUAUUUUCGGUGCGCAUGCUCUUUGGAUAGAGAUGACAAAGUCUUUGUGACCAAAUUACCCCCAAUAUAUCUACAACACCAUGGUCACUCUUUGACCAUCGUUGGCUUCGAAAUCCGAGGUGACGGAGGUGCGAAUCUGUUGGUCUUCGACCCAAUGUUCAAAAUCCCUCUGGCAAAAUACAAGGUGUUUGAGCUUCUCAACUUCUGCAUUUUUAAGCACUACCUUACUGUAUCUGUGGAGUUUGCCUUUACUGGUUGCGAGUUCAUGCCUGAGGCCCAAAGCACUGCCGGCCCCGCUGAAAAAUUCCCCGAACCCCUCGAUUCCAUUGCAUGGUAUCAGACACGACUCAUUCAUCACUCUCGAGCGGUUGGCACUCUUGCUGGGGCCAGUAUGCGAAGAUCCCCGAAUGUGAUCAUCACAGGCACCCCUGGUGUAGGGAAAACUGUUCAUUGCGAGAAAUUAGCACAGGAGGUCGGCUUGCGACACCUAUCCAUAAACCAGGUCGCCAAAGAUCGAGGUUGCUUUGAAAGCUAUGACCAGGAUUUGGAAACCUGGAUCGUUGACGAGGACAAACUACUGGAUGCGAUCGAAGAUGAGGUGCUUCAGGGCGGCUACUUGAUUGAUUGGCAUGCAUGCGACUUGUUUCCCAAAUCAUGGAUAGAUCUCGUCGUGGUCUUACGAUGUCCGUCGACUUCCAUUUUAUAUGACCGUCUUUCUGCGAGAAAAUACAAAGAGGCCAAAUUGCAGGGAAACUUAGAUUCUGAAAUAUUCGGCGUCUUGUCAGAGGAAGCGCGCGAAGCUUUUGACGAACAGAUAGUGGUGGAGCUCAAAAGCGAGGAGGAUGAUGAUGUAGAGAGCAACUGUGCGAGGAUUUCAGCCUGGAUAGAAUCCUGGAAAGAAAGCCGACUGGAAAACAGAGAGUGA